CUUCUUACGGCAAGCAUAGUCGCAUCUUACAACAAGCAUGGGUUGCUGAGACCUAUUAUAACUCGGAUCUUCACGGGUCAAGUCGCGUGGUUCGAGUUGUCCUCCGCAUCCUACGCUGGUGGUGAGAGGCGACUGGUCAGGCUCGGUCGCUUGGUUGAUUUCGUGUAACGGUACCCCGACGGUUGACCGUUGCUCAAAAUAUGAAUCACUGGACUGUCUGGUUCAGACUCGAUUGUUAAUAGGCCGCCGUCAUAUAGAUGGAAUAUUACUGAGUGCGGCGUUAAACAACAAACAAACAAACAAACAAGCGGAACUUAGAAGCUUCGGGAUGUGACUUCAUUGUUUUGCCUCUUAUUAUCAGAAACUGUCGGGAAGUAUACUUAACAAAUAUCAGGAAGUAUAUUUCCUUGUAUUACCCGAGUGUUGUGUCACGGACACAUGCAACGAUGUGCUUGUUGAUGGAAUCCCGCAGCCACCCAGACAGUAGGACACAGGGUGGCCUGCUGCUGUGGGCCGGCAUCAUGUGCUCUGUGUUCCAAAUGUCUGCCCAGGAUCAACGAGUCUACCGGGUCAAGGAUCAUGUACACCAUUCUCUUUAUACUGGUGUUUGUGGUGGCCUGCCUCAUGCUGUCCCCACAGCUGGAGGAGGUCUUCAGAGAGAGGGUGCCGGGAUUCAAUGAGACAUGUAUCAUGCUGAAUGUGGGUCCGAACUGCAGCCGCCUGAUAGGGUAUAAGGCUGUAUAUCGCCUGUGUCUAGGCGUGGUCAUAUUCCACUUCCUGCUGAUGUUGGUGACACCCUUUGUGCCGAGCAGCAACCACUGGCGGGCAUCGGUACACAAUGGGUACUGGUUCUUCAAGUUUCUGGUUCUGUGUGGGCUCUGUGCUGGGGCAUUCUUCAUCCCCUCCACCUACAGUCUCUACUGGAUGUACAUCGGCAUGGCAGGGGGAUUUCUCUUCAUCAUCCUGCAGCUGAUACUCCUGGUGGACUUCACCCACUCUUGGAACGCUGCCUGGGUGGGCAGGAAGUCUGGCAGCGGCUCUAGGAACAACUGUGGGUAUGCAGGCACCCUGCUGAUUGCUGUGAUAUUCUUCAUCAUCGGUGUGAUAGGCGUUGUGAUGCUGUUUGUCUACUAUGCCCAGAAUGACUGCAACACCAACAAGAUCUUCAUCGGCAUCAACACCGGCCUCUGCGUCACCAUCUCCAUCAUCACCUUGCUGCCAUGUACAGAAAAAUUUAACCCGAAUGCCGGCAUGCUGCAAGCGUCUGUGAUCAGUCUGUAUGUCCUGUACCUCACCUGGUCAGCCCUCACCAGCGAACCCCCAGAGGAGGUGAACAUCUUGGAGACAUUUGCCACCAAGACUCAGCGUCUUUACCAGCAGGAGGAUUCCCAUGCUGUGAAGAUUGGUCAGGUGGGCCAGCAGUUCCACCGGGAGGCUAACAUGUCCUCUAUGUACCGGUGUCGACCUGAUCCAUCCUUCCCAGAAGCUGAUCUCAUCUCUGCUUAUGCUGGACUCCUUAUCAUGUUUAUCAUGGCUGUGUAUUCCAGUGUCCGGACCUCCAACCAGUCACAUAAACUUGGCAUCCGGCGGGGCUCAGCUGCGGGAGACAAGACCUGGUGUUGCUGCCUCAUGUACAAACGAGAUAAUCCAUCAAUUCAUGGCGGGCAGCAGGUCGUGCAGAACGAGGCAGACGGAGUUAUCUACUCCUACUCUUUCUUCCACUUUGUGUUCUGUCUGGCCGGACUCUACAUCAUGAUGCAGCUCACCAACUGGUACAGACCCGAGGAGACAAAUAUCGACAAGUUUGGGCUGAACUGGUCCGCAGUGUGGGUGAAGAUGGCCUCCAGCUGGGUGUGUGUGGGUAUAUACACCUGGACUCUCUUCAUCCCCAAGUGCUGCCCAGGGCGGAACCUGUCGUUCCCCAGACCACGCCAGGACUCAGUUGACGGCCGACAUGAAGAGGAAUGUCUCAAUGAUAUGCCAAGAUCUGGAUCAAGGUCGUCCAAUAUUUCUUCAAGAUCAGUCAACGAGGAUCCUCGACCAGGAUCUAGGAUGUCCAGAUCCAAAUCUGCUUCCCGUGACAGGCUGAACAGACAGUCCCCUGCACGGACUCCAAUCGAGGAGCGACCAAGCUCCAGAUCAUCUGCAGCUGCGAAGUCAAAAGACAGAUACAGGUCUCCAGCAAGGACGCCUGUUGAGGACCGACCAAGUUCAAGGUCAUCUAGAAGGUCAAGGUCACAUUCACCAAGAAGAGAUAGAGACAGACAGAGCUCAGUAUGAGAGUGAGUCAUGAGUAUGUCCCGAGAUGUUGUGAUAUAUGUGACACUAUAGGACAGACCAAGUUCAGUGUCAUCAAGGGUCAAGGUCACAGUCUCCAAGAACCAAUAGAGACUGGAAUGAGUGUACAAGAUGUUGUGAUAUGUAACUAUUGGUGACACAAGUGUCCAUGUUUUGUUUUUUAUGGUAUUUCAUUGAUCAUGUUAAUACCUCAAUUUCUAGGUGACUCCUGUGUCCUAGAAGAAUUACUUUUGAUACUCAGACAACAGGUUUUGUACUAAUGGCCAUUGUAUAUUCAAAUUCAGGUAUUCACAAUUUGUUUAUGCAGCAUCACAAAGAAACUAUUUUUGUGUUGAACAUUCGUUCCUCAACAUGCACAAGUAGCCUAAAACAUAUGUUGUGGAUCAGAAUGAUAAGAAGUGGCAGCUGGAAUAUAAACUACAAGUAUAUUCUCAAUAGUCAACAUUGUCAAGCCUUGCCAAAACAUUCAGUAUAUACAACAUGGCGUUGGUACCCAUGAUAACGCGAAAAUGGAAUCUUUGAACUUGUUAAUCACCAACUCAUUCAUCAAUGGCAUGUUCAUGGCUGAUUCAGACAAUUCUUCUUUUUUUACAAUCAUAGUCCUCAUUUUCCGUUAUUAUCUCAAUAUGCUGAUUCCAAGACUUUGUAACGUUAUCAAGAGGGAGAAAGGUUUUCAGAUUUUAUCAGCCAAUGCUUGAUUUCUUUUUUAUUGACAUUUCAUUGACGGUUUGCUUGGGAACAUUUCCGAGGUCACAGUUUGGUUCUGGAGAUGUCAUCAUUUAGUGCUUGCCACAAGUGUCCUAUCUGUUGGUGAACCCUUUUCUGUUUGUAUACCAAAACGGCAAAAGCCUUUGAAUGCAGCAACUGUGAUUGUGUUCCAGUCCUGAAUCUCAGUGUGUGACACAUCAUAGGAAGUGGAAUACAGACAGGGUAGUGGUAUAACCCACCUCAUUGUCCUCAUUAUUGUAUACAGUAGAAUACACUUGCAUAGCAGCCCUUUUCAUUCAUGCAGGGCUAUGAAAUGGUUUUUGAAAAGACGAAUAUUUUGUCACCAAUUUGUUCAGCAUGUUCAGUAAAUAAUGUGUAUCUUUAAUCAGUUGUAACACUACCAGUUAGUCCAUGUGUAUGAUGAUGGUAGUACUGUGAUGUUGGUGUACACAGUACUACAGUGAGUAUUUUGUAUUACAAUGUUAUAGUGAUUAAGGUGUAUUACAAAGCUACUAUAGUGAUUAAGGCGUAUUACAUUGUUAUAGUGAUUAAGGUGCAGGCAAAAGCUACUAUAGUUAUUAUGGUGUAUGCAAUAGUUACUAUAGUGAUUAAGGUGUAUUACAAAGUUACUAUGGUGAUAAGGUGGAUGAUAGAGACGACUGUGUAAGCUUAUGAUGUUCUAGGUGGUUAAGUUUCUAUCCAGUCAGCAGAAAUCCAUGGUCCACUGACAGACUGUCACGCACACGAGUGACCCCUCGCAGGUGGUCACUUGUACGCGAGACGGGAGAGCCGUCUCGCGUCACGCUACGUCCUCUACUGGUCAGGAGCACUGACUAGCCUAGUGGUGCCUUAUCAACGUAGAUUCCAUGUACAUUCCCACUUUGUUUUAAGCCCAUUCCGUAUUGGUCUACUGCCAAUGUGUACUUGUAAGUCUGAUAACUUCCUGGGACUAGUUCCACAAAGCGGUCUUAGCGCAACGAUAGUCGUAAGCCUGUGUUAAAGUAUGGGAGUUACGAUCAUCUUAGCUAAGAUCGCUUUGUGGAAGGGGACCCUGGUCCUAUGUCCCGGUCCCUGUUUGGAGUGGGGCACCUUGCACCAAGAUACUAACAUUCCUUGAACUACACUGACCCUGACCUUUGACCUUUGUACCUUAUAUGUAGAUUCCAGUUGUUUACAUACUUUUAUAUGUUCAUACUACUUGUAAACAUGUCAGUGCAGCAGUUCUAGUGCUGAGAUUAUACAAAUUGAAUUUAUGAAUCCAUUUCUAUUUGAGAGUUACUAAGAAUUAUGUGCAAUAAAUUGCUUCUGUAGUCUCUCAUCAAGAGACCAUGUGAAUCUUGUCAUGUCUAAAUGCUAACUAGUGCUUUCAUUAAUCAUGUUUAUGGUGCAUGACAAACUAUGUGUUUCUUGUCGAGUUGAUUCUCAGAGAAGCCACAUGUGUGAUACCUGGGU